AUGGCGACGGCGCGAACGGCGACGGCGCGAACGGCGACGGUGACGACGCGAAGACGCGCGCGCGCGAGGUCAGGGCGACGCGCGGGCGCGCGGGCGCGCCGAGCGCGGGCGCGAGGGGAAGAUGAGGCGGCGGCGAGGGACGCGGGCGAGACGGCGACGCUCGCGGCGCUCGCGCUGGCGCCGAAGGAGGUGGUGGACGCGAUCUCGGUGCCGGCGGAGCUGGUGGAGGUGCGGGCGUACGUGCGGUGGGAAGAGGCGGGGAUGCCGAGCGAUACCACGGACGCGUGGCGACAGCGGGAGUACGAUGAGGCGCUGUUGGAUUUGAAGAUUGAACUCUUGCGAGGGACGACGAUGAACGAGAUUCGAGCGCGGUAUAAGAUGGCGCCCGUGGAGGGCGGCGACGCGAAGAUGUUCAAUGAAGACGCGGAUUUGGCGCGAAGGGUGAAGGCGGCGGCGGUGAUGAAGGUGCGCGCGAGCGUGGAUGAGGUGCAGGGGGCGCACGAGGAAACGGAGACGAUUGAAUUCAUCGAGAGCGUCGUCGUCGAGGACGCCGUCGUCGAGGAUGGAGAACCGGAAGCCGCCGCGGCGGAUGACGACGCCGAAGAGGCUGAAACCGUCGCGAGUGAGGUGGAAGAUGCGAUCGCGGCGGCGAUGGAGAACGCUGUGGCGGAAGACACGGACGCCAUCGUCGACGUCUUCGCCGCGCUCACCGAAGAAGAAAUCGCCGACAUGGAGGCGUCUUUUAGCGCGCAGGCGACGUGGUCCACGCGCGAAGAACUCGUGGCGGCGAUCACGGCGACGCCGAGCGCUGAAGACGAUAACGAAGUCGAUCUGCUCAAAGAUCUCGAAGAGACAAAGCUCGCGCUUUCGGCAAGCGAGGAGGCGCUGCAAAAGACGAAGACAGAGCUCGAGGACAUUGAAGCCGAAAUCGUCGUCUUGCAGGCGACUUCCGACAAGGCGCUCGCGGAGAUGAAAGAAGGGUGGGCCGCCGAAGUCAGUCACCUCGAAGCGCAGCUCAAGCAAGCGGUCGCGCGUGUGGGGAUGGAUGAAGGUGAAAUUGCCGCGCAAAUCGCCAAGUUUGAGCGAGACGCCGAGGAAGCGAGGAGAAGGGUCGAGGCGCUCGAGGCUGAAAAAGCCGUCGUCGCCAAGCAGCUCGAAGAUACAAAGGUUGCGCAAAUCAAGGCUGAGGCCGUACGUGACGCCAACUCGGAGGUGAUUUUGAUGCUUAAAAAGGAGUUGGAAUCCACCAAGGACGAGCUGCGCGAGAUGAAGUCGAACUCGGUGUCGGAGAAGGAGUUCACGGCGAUGCAGAGCGAACUCGACCGCGCCUGGGAAGCCGCGGCGGAGCUCCAAACGAUGUGGGAUAACGACCGUAAGGUUAUUGAGUUCUUAACUAAAUCCAUCGACGACGAAAAGGUGAAGAAGGAGGCUCGACAAGGACUCAAUAUUCCCGUCGCCGCAAAAGGACUUUUGAGCUGGGCGCGCACCACCAUCAGCAAGCGCGCGAACGACGUCUCCGUCGUCUCGCAGCAAACGCUCGAGACUGUCUCUCAAGCGUAUCAAGAACUCGAAGCGUCGACUGGUGAAUUCAGCGACGACGUCAUUUCGGACGAUUCCGAGUCGGAUUUCAUGCGCGACAUGUAA